CAAAAAUGGCCGCCGCUUGUCCCUCGCACAGUACUUUUAAUAACCCUAGUACCAGCAACUCUUUAUAUUAGUUACAUUUUACGCAAAAAACCCUAAAAUCCUCUUGAGCUGCCGCAGCUGAGAUCCGACACUCCACAUCGCAGCAAUGGGUGAGGAAGUAAAGGCUUUGGUUCCUGAGUCACUGUUGAAGAAGAACAAGAGGAAUGAAGAAUGGGAGCUUGCCAAAAAGCAGGAGCUCGAAGCCGCGAAGAAGAAGAAAGUCGAGAACCGGAAGUUGAUUUUCAACAGGGCUAAGCAAUAUGCAAAGGAGUACGAGGCUCAGGAAAAAGAGUUGAUUCAAUUGAAGCGGGAGGCGAAGUUGAAAGGAGGAUUCUAUGUUGAUCCAGAAGCUAAGCUUUUGUUCAUUGUUAGAAUCCGCGGUAUCAAUGCCAUGCACCCAAGGACCAGAAAGAUCUUGCAGCUCCUACGUUUGAGACAGAUUUUCAAUGGUGUUUUUCUUAAAGUGAACAAGGCAACAAUGAACAUGCUUCACCUUGUUGAACCUUAUGUGACUUAUGGAUACCCGAAUCUCAAGAGUGUUAGGGAACUCAUUUACAAAAGAGGUUUUGGAAAGUUGAACAAGCAACGAGUUGCCUUGACCGACAACGCAAUUGUUGAGCAGGCACUAGGCAAGUUCGGCAUCAUUUGUGUUGAAGAUCUUAUCCAUGAGAUAAUGACUGUGGGACCUCAUUUCAAGGAAGCCAACAACUUCCUUUGGCCAUUUAAGCUUAAGGCACCAUUGGGUGGUCUGAAGAAGAAGAGGAACCAUUAUGUCGAAGGUGGAGAUGCCGGCAACCGUGAGAAUUACAUCAACGAAUUAAUUAGGAGAAUGAAUUAAAAAACCAAACUUGGGUUUUGUUUAAAAAAACUAGUGGUUGAUGUCUUUUUUGGUUUAUUUUGUAAGGGAUUCUGAUGUUAAUUUCUGUUGGAAGUUGGAAUCACUUUUUUGUUAUCGGAGACGCGAAUAUUUUUGCUUUGUGUUGCCAGUGUUAUACUUUGUGACCGAGAGCUUUCUCAAAGUUCUUUUGGUUUAGAAUUUAUUACUAAUAUGUUUUUUAUUGGUCAA